AUGGCAUCAUCUGUCUUUUGCAUUGAUUUUGUGUCGAUGAGAUCACUGAGAGCGACACGAUGCGUUGGAGCAGCCGAUGUAGCCGAUGUAGUCGAUGCAGUCAAUGCAGUCGAUGGAAUUGAUGGAACCGAUGGAAUCGAUCCAGAGGACAGCUUGAGAAGAGACAACUUCGAGGGAAUUCUUUCGUCAUUAAGAAUGCUACUGAUUGAAGCUCUAGUAGCCGUUGAAGAAACGGAGUUCCCCGGAUUGCUGAAAAUCGAGUUGCCAUUGGACACAGAUGUGGAAACUGAUGAGGACACAGAUGCAUUGUGGAGCUUGAACACUGAGGGACGAAGACGUGUGGUGACCUUCACCAAGGUUCCCUGUGUAGCUGUGACGGAGUCAGUCGAGUUGGAUGCCAGGUUGGAUGUCGAAUUGGAUGCUGAGUUGUAUACCGAGUUGGAUGCCGAGUUGGAUGCCGAGUUGGAUGCCGAAUGGGAUAGUAAAUUACGAUCUGAUGCUGCAUCUGUAGGCGUGGAAGGACGAGAUGCAGGUGGUGCAGAAAGAGUAUGCAUGGAACCCGAUAUGGAGAUUGGAGAUUUCAAUGUCUGCAUGGAAUUUGGAGAUAGUGUUUGGGCACGCACAUCACGUGCAUUUUGA